AUGCAAUGGUCGUUGUGCUGCCACAUUAAUGUCAGAAUAGCAUACACAAUUUGUGGUAUUCUGAUCGGACUGUUUUGGGCGUGCGUCUACAUAUUUGCAUGGAAGAACUGGGUAGCUCUUGGAACAUGCCUUUUUGCCACAUCCUUUGCGUUCGAGACCUUUUGGUUCUAUCUUUCCAUAAAACGAGACAAGAUUCUAAAAUGGAGACCAAUAACUUUCCAGAUUCUAUUUUGGAUUAAUCUUUUUGUUGGUUUCUUAUCAAUUGGAGGAAUGAUUGCAGCUAUUGUUCUUGCAGCUACAAAACAUCAAGGAAUUUCCAAUCAACAGCAACAUGGUUUGAAUUGGUGGUCCACUGCUACUUGGUUUUUGGUGAUGUUGAAGUGGACAUGGCAGAAUGCAUUCAUUGCGAGAUUGUUUUCAAAGAAGCUGAAAAAGUCGAUCAUUCAACCGGAAGAACCAGAAGAUCCAUCUACUUGGAAAUAUUAG